AUGCACAAGCAGAAGGCAGCCUCUGGCUCGAUCCAAGAGGUUACCAGAUCCUUCCAGAGAUCGGCUACGAGCUCGGCAGGAGGCACAGAGCUGCCCAUUUGGGGCGAGAAGUCUCAAUGCCGAGGCCGGCCGAAGCUCGAAAAGAAGCAGCUCCACAGAGUGGCUCCUUGGGAAAUCUACGACGGGAAGGACCUGAAAGAAGUUCUCGGAGAAUUCAACGACGAUGGCAAGGAUAGCGAAAAAACACAAGACAGAAUCGACUCGCCAAAAGACCCGAGAAAGAGUCAGAAGUGUCCAAAAUCCACAGCCGCUAACCGGGACGACGAGGAGACCAACUCCAACGGAGCGGCCCCAAUCGGCUGCGUUUGCUUCCGUCGACGGGGUGGAAGUCGCCGAACUCGAAGAUCAUGA